UUUUCCUUACCUUAGUACAUGUAUUUACUUUAUCUAGAAAAUCCAAUGAAGUACUUGCAAAACCAAAAAUAGAUCUUUUCACUUAAAAAGAUUUUAUAAACAUAAAAAUUUAGAAGGACCACACACUAACAUUUUCUAGAGCAAGCAUGGUAUUUUCUUGUCUUUAGUACUCAAAACACUAAAAAAAAAUAAAAAAUGUUCACCAACAACAACAAAUAAAGAACAAAUUUUCCCUCCUAAAUCCAUAUUCUUUUAACGUACGAUUAUUAUUUAAAAUCAUUUUAAUAAAUAAAAACAUACCAUAAUGGAGACUCCUAAGAUCCAAAAUAUAAUAUUCUAAAGUAGUCUAACAUUCCAACCGACCCUUAACUAUACACAAACUUUACCUUGAGGAAAAGAAGAUACCUAAACCUUCCCUGCCAAUUAAGAGCAGGAACCUCUCAUACCUCAACCUUCUCCUCCUCCUUUCACCUUCCUUCCUUCCCAAAGCAUGACUAACAUCACACCACCAUCCCUACAUAACUAAGUCGCGACGUCGCGUAACAUCCUUUUUAUUCUUAUAAACGUUGGCUUAAUGCCGAACGUUACCAAAUUUCCCACCAUUCAUUUCUCUACCGCCACCGCCAUUCUUUGUCAUCAAUGCCUUAUUACCGCCACGGCCACGUCCACCACCACCACCAACGCCGCACCCACCCGUUGAUAUGGUGUGCAGCUAUAAUCUGCACCUUUUGCACGAUCAUUGUUAUUAUUUUGGGCAUUGUUGUGUUCGUAGGGUACCUUGCCCUACGUCCAAGUAUACCCUUUGUUAAAGUUACGUAUGCACACCUAGAUAAGUUCGAGUAUAGUCAAGCCGGUGUCCUUAAUACCGAGAUGAACAUAAUUUUUCAGGCCGAAAAUGAUAAUACUGGAGCACGCGCUAGCUUUUCGGAUUUUACGUACUACCUCAGCUUCCAUGGUAUACAAAUUGCUAGGUUGAAAAAUCUACCUUUCAACGUAGACAAGAAUGAUAGCGCGAUUUUUAACUAUGAUGUUAAAUCGUAUUCGAUACCAUUGGAUCCACAACACUCGGCUAUAGUAGAUCGAUCGUUGAAGCAAAAUAGAAUUUCAUUUGAAUUAAUGGGGGAUACAAGAACAAGAUGGAGGGUUGGACCAAUUAAAUCGGUCAAAUUCUGGUUGCGUUUGAGUUGCGAGCUCAAGUUUCAGGGUGAUGGGAGUUAUACUACGGAUUCUCAUUGUACCUCUAAAUCAAAAUAAAACAGGUUUUUCCUUUUUUUUUUUUUUUUUUUUUUUUUUUUUUUUUUCUUUCUUAGUUUAUUCUUUGAAAAUUUGUUAAAAAAAAAAAUACAAAAAAUUUUAAAGUAGGUUGGUGUAAAUUAAUGGGUAUACUUUUGUGUAUACAUUUCUUUUCUUAAUUUGUUCCAUUUAGAAUUAUGUUACAUUGGUUAAUUGCUUAGCACUUUUAUUUUUAUUUUUUUUUCUUUUAAUAUUUGAAAAUGCCUCAAUUUUAUUUAUUUAUUUAUUAAUUUUUACUUUUCUAGGAGUUGUUAGGAGAGGAACAAUGAUGAAAGUAGGUUGUCAUUACCUUUAAAUUUCACAUUUUCAUUAUAAGUGAUGAUAAAGUUUAAUUGAUAAGAACAAUAUCAAGCCAUAUUUUACCACUUGACAAAUAUAAUUCUAUUUAUGGAGUAGAUUUUAACCAGUAAAACACUUCAUUUAGUUCCACAAUUGACUUUCUUUGUGAUAUUACUCAACGAAUUGCAAUAAUAU